AUGGCUUUCGAGGCCGACAAGCACCUAGCAGCUGAGGGUACUACAGGCCGCCGCGAGCUCAGCGCGGCGCUGACCGCGGCGGAGGGGCUAGAGAAGGGCGGGACGUUGCCCGACAGAUGUUCCUGGUUUGAAAAAGAAGACUUAAGUGAGUGUGAAAAACCAUGGAUUUUGUUACUGAAAGACAUCAGUCAAGAUUUACAAUGCACAAACUGGCAAACAGUGCCCAGUUUUCCAGAGUUCUUUGGAAAGAGUUCUGAGGAAGAUAGUCUACGAAAACAAGUCUUCACAACUGGAAUGAAAGACUUUCAGUGGGUAUCAUUCCCAUCUUUUUGCAAAGAAAAAUGUCUAAACCCAAAGGAUCUUAGCUCCCAUCAGCUAACACAGAGCCAGAUCGACCAUUUGCAUAAAGGACAGGGCCAAGCUGAUAAACUGAAAAGUUUACCUUCUACAGCUGAGAAAACAUGCUGUGUAACUAUUACAGAUCAAGCCAAAAAUAUGGUUGGCAGUGACACAAAAGGUAUUAAGUUACUGGAUGCAAGUCCUAAAUCACAUAAACUCACUCAGCACAGAAGUUCUACACACCACUUAACAUUGUCGCAAAGCUCUGGAAAAGCUUUUAGCUUUCAACAGCACUACAGAGGGACUGUACAGAACAGCAGGGAAAACAGCAAAGAAAAUGAUAGGAAAGAGCUUCAAAUACAAACACAUCAAGGGAAUAUUUCAUUUGGUGAGGCCAGAUAUGCGCCUGCAGAAAAGAAGCCGCCUCUUGUGAGUGUACCUGGAACUGAGAGCUGCAAGGAGAAGACUGAAAAUCAGAGUGAAGAAUUGUCAAGUCUUGACAGUUGCCCAAUGUGUCUGAUUCAUUUUAGUGGAACACUGUCACAACUGGAUAUUGAUGGCCAUCUUGCCAGGUGCUUGUCUGAAAGUGUAGAUGAUGUAAUGUGGUAAAUCCAGAAGAAUGAAGAGCGAAGGAACAAGGCCAAGGAUGAACCUUUCUCAAACAAAAAGAAAAAAUGUGUCAAGGAAGCACGUCCUUGUCUCGAACUUGCUUAAAGAUCACAAACCAAUAACUCAACAGAAGGUCAAGUGCCACCUGCCUGUUUGGGGUCUUUUUAUUUUAAAUCCUCUCAAAUGCAUGUAAAGUAGUUCUAGUUCUGAAAAUGGUGCUAUAGGAUGUCCCAAUGACCCCCAGGGAAAUCAGUCUUGGCACUCCUGGAAUCUGGGUACUUCUGAAAAAAAUGUACCAUUGUAAAUCCCUGAAGAAUCAGUUUUUGUCUGAUGCACCAUAGUUCCGAAUCUCUAAGUGUAGAAGAAAGCAGCUGAACAAAAGAUAACUAUUAUUUAAUCUAAUCCAGAAGUUUACUGACCUUUUACUUUUUCUUGUAAACAGGUAAUCUGUGAAAAUAAGCUGAAUUAAAAAGUUAUUCAAGCUUAGCAUUUUUCAUUAUUUUAAUAUCUAAGUAAGAACUUACAUGACUGUACAGUUGAUUCUGUGAGUAUAUCUAUGUUAAAAGAAAACACA